GGAAGUGGCUGCUGGCCGAGCGGGCCGGUUUGUCGACUUGCGAGCAGCUGCCUGGCCGAGAUUGAGAGCGGGGGGGCGCUGCGGUAGUGGGCAGCCCUCGAGCCCGGCUAGGCCUUGGGCCCCUCGUCUCCUCCGCCGGGGAAGAUGCUCCCUUUGUCCAUCAAGGACGAUGAGUACAAGCCGCCCAAAUUCAACCUUUGCCGCAAGAUCUCGGGGUGGUUCAGGUCCAUCCUCUCCGAUAAGACAUCGCGAAACCUCUUUUUCUUCCUUUGCCUCAACCUCUCCUUUGCCUUCGUGGAGCUGCUGUAUGGCAUCUGGAGCAACAGUUUAGGUUUAAUAUCAGAUUCGUUUCACAUGUUUUUUGACUGUACUGCUCUGUUAGCUGGACUGGCAGCUUCAGUUAUUUCAAAGUGGAGAUCAAACGAUGCUUUCUCCUAUGGGUAUGUUCGAGCAGAAGUUCUAGCUGGUUUUGUAAAUGGUCUGUUUCUGAUCUUCACAGCAUUCUUCAUUUUCUCUGAAGGUGUUGAGCAUGUGAAAGUAAGAUCUGACAAAGAAACAGAACCACCGUGUGAGCAGUUUAGGCUUUUAAAAAUUGUGCAGCAAGCACCUCAGCUACACUCUGGGAGUGAGAAUGGACACGAGCACAGCCAUUCACUGUUUAAUGGAACUCUAAGUCAUGGACACAGCCAUGGGGGACACGGUCACAGUCAUGAGUCCAAGCAUGGGCACGGCCAUUCCCAUGACCACAACCACGGGCAUGGAUUCUCUCAGAGUAAGGACUACUGUCACGAUGAUCACCCAGUUGAAGUGGCUACGGGGUCCAGCAAACAGAUUUUAGAAGGUGUAUUUUUACACAUUGUUGCUGACACACUUGGAAGCAUUGGGGUAAUUAUAUCAGCACUACUGAUGCAAAACUAUGGCCUCAUGAUAGCUGACCCUGUCUGUUCAAUGCUGAUAGCCCUGCUUAUAGGAGUGAGUGUCGUCCCUCUUUUAAGAGAAUCCAUUGGAAUUUUGAUGCAGCGAACACCUCCUUCCUUGGAAAGUGCUCUGCCUCAGUGCUAUCAAAGGGUAAGUUGGUUGGAAGGAAUUUAUCUUCUCCUAGAUCCUCAUUUUUGGACCCUUUGUACUGAUGUUUACAUAGGGACUUUGAAACUGUUCGUAGCUCCAGAUGCUGAUGCAAAGUGGAUUCUAAGCCAGACUCACAACAUUUUUACUCAGGCUGGAGUAAGACAACUCUAUGUACAGAUUGAGUUUGCCGCUAUGUAGCAACUAUCUUCCUGUUCCCUUUGGACCAAAGCUUUCUAGUACUGUAAUGGUUUAAGACUUUGUACUUUCAUUGGAACAGAGGCCCCUUCUUCUCGACAUUUCUCCAAACCUGAAUAGAGACUGCCAACUUGUGGCUACAUAAAGAGGGGGGGUGGAAAUGGAAAGGGUACAGACCUGGAUCUUCAUGAGCCCUAAACCUUUGUGAAUUAUUUGCUGAGUUCCAGCAGCAAACUUAAUAAUGUGGUAUUGUAAUCAUUGGUUAUGCUUUUUCCGAAGCUGGUGAAGCUAUUGCUGAAUCCCACAAAGCCAGUGUUGUUAUGGGAAAGGGGCUGAAAGGAAGUUUUAUUUUGCUCAUAUGUCACUGUGGUUGACAUUCUACAACCUUACUGUAUGUUAACACUGUUUGUACUUUUGCAAACUUAAUGAACCAAACCAUAUUGGGUUUUAGUGCCUUUCUAUCAGAAUAUCUGCCAGAACAGAUAUGGAACAU